UGGUCUCCCUGUAGGAGUUUAUUGUCCCUGAGUGCCUCCUGGGACAAUGGGCAGCAGGGACUGUCUUUCCCCAUGGUGGGGUCCUCCCUGUAUGUGGUUGUGGCACAAGAAGUUGGAUAUAUUGAUUCUAACCAUUUAACAGCAUAUUUUUUGACACUCAGGAUUGACUUCUCAAGACUGAUCUUUGCCUGAGAAAGAAACCCGGAGUCUGGAAUGGCUCUUUCCCAGAUUUUUAAUUAUCCAAUAUUUUUUCGAGGAUCUACUGCUGGACUGUUGACAUUCAGGGAUGUGGCCAUAGAAUUCUCUCAGGAGGAGUGGGACUGUCUGGACCCUGCUCAGAGGGCUUUGUACAGGGAGGUGAUGUUGGAGAACUACAGGAACCUGGUCUCUGUAGAUAUCUUUGCUAGAAAAGUUAUAAACAAAUUAUUACCAAAACAGGACAAUAAUAAAGGAGAACUACACCAUCCAGUGAUCUUAGAAAGACAUGAAAGCCAUGGCAUUGAGGAUUUUGACUUCAGGGAAGUUUGGGAAAAUAUGCAUGAAUUUGAAAGUCAAUGGGGAUAUGAUCAAAGAAAUUACAAAGGAAUGACUACAACCCAGAACAAAAAUCUCAGUGGUACAAAAGAACAGCACAACAAAUCCUGGAAUAACUUACAUCUGGAGCAGAGUAUUUCUGUGAGAAAAAGUAUGUACCAAUAUUUGAAACAUGACAAGUCAUUUAUAAGGAAUCUGUUAAAACUAAAAUAUAACAUAGGCUAUGCAGCAAACAAGUCUAUAAAAUAUUUUGAAAAUAGGCUUGGAUUAAACUUUCCAUCAUAUCUGGAUGAACUGCAGAGAUUUCAAACUGAAGAGAAAAUUUAUGAAUGCAGUCAAGUUGAGAAGUCCAUAAAAAAUUGUUCCUCAAUUUCAUCACUUCAAAGAUUUCCUCCUAUUGUCAAAACAAACAUUUGUAAUAAAAAUGGGAAAGAUUUUUUGUCUCCUUUGCCUACACAACUCCAGACAACACACAUUAGAGAAAAACCUUAUAAAUGUAAUGAAUGUGGGAAGACUUUUAGCCAAUGCUCAGUGCUCACUAAGCAUGAGAGAAUUCAUUCUGAGCACAGACCUUACAAAUGUAAUGAGUGUGGCAAAGCCUUUAAGCAGUUCUCCAACCUCACGAGACACCAGAGAAUCCAUACUGGAGAGAAACCAUAUAAAUGUAAUGUAUGUGGUAAGGUCUUUAAUCAAAAUUCCCACCUUGUAAGUCAUUGCAGAAUUCAUACUGGAGAGAAACCACACAAAUGUAACGUGUGUGGCAAGGUCUUUAAUCAAAAUUCCCACCUUGCAAGUCAUUGUAGAAUUCAUACUGGAGAGAAACCUUACAAAUGUAUGAAAUGUGGUAAGGCAUUUAACAAACGUUCAUACCUUUGGGAUCAUGAGAGAAUUCAUACUGGAGAGAAACCGUACAACUGUACUGAAUGUGGCAAGGCCUUUAGGCAAUGGUCUAGCCUCAGGAUUCACCGAAGAAUUCAUACUGGAGAGAAACCUUACAAAUGUAACGAAUGUGGCAAAGCCUUUAAGCAGUGCUCACACCUCACUAAGCAUCAGAAUAUACAUCCUGGAGAGAAACAACACAAAUGUAAUGUGUGUGGCAAGACUUUUAUUCACGGUUCAGGUCUUGUAAAACAUCAGAGAAUUCAUACCGGAGAGAAGCCACACAAAUGUAAUGAGUGUGGUAAAGCUUAUAUCCAAAGUUCAAGCCUUGUGGAACAUCGGAGAAUUCAUACUGGUGAGACACCUUACAAAUGUAAUGAGUGUGGCAAAACUUUUACUGUACGUUCAAGUCUUACUAAACAUAAGAGAAACCAUACUGGAGAGAAACCUUAUAAAUGUAAUGAAUGUGGCAAAGCCUAUACCAAAUUUGCACACCUUACUAGACAUCAGAAAAUACAUUCUGAAAAGAAACAUUGUGAAUCAGAUGUAGGUGGCAGUGCUUUCAUCCACAGCUCAACCCUUGGGGGUUGUCAGAGAGCACACAGUAGAGAGAAACCUUACAAAUGUAAUGAGUGUGGCAAAUCCUUUAACUGGUCCUCACGCCUUACUCGACAUCAGAGAAUCCAUACUGGAGAGAAACCAUAUAAAUGUAAUGUAUGUGGCAAGGCCUUUAGUCAAAACUCAAACCUUACAACUCAUCAGAUAAUUCAUACUGGAGAGAAACCAUACAAGUGUAAUGAAUGUGACAAAGACUUUAAGCAGUACUCAAGCCUCAUUAGACAUCAGAAUAUACAUCCUGGGGAGAAACCUUACAAAUGUAGUAUGUGUAAUAAGGCCUUUAUCAGACAUUCACACCUUUGGGGUCACGAGAAAAUUCAUACUGGAGAGAGAACCUACAAAUGCAUUGAAUGUGGCAAGACCUUUAGGCAAUGGUCUGACUUCAGGAUUCACCAAAGAAUUCAUACUGGAGAGAAACUAGAAUGUAGUGAGUGUGGUAAAUCAUUUAACCAAGUCUCCCAGUGGACUACACAUCAGAAUUCAUACUAGGGAGAACUAAGUCUCUACUUCCCAAAGAUUAAUCAACCUCAGAAAGUCCUACAUAGUGAUUUAAAGUCAAAAUCCUAGAUGAUGGUGUCAGUGUAACAAGAUCUGUGCAAAGAUAAAUUCCUUCAUUUUAUAAUGUAUUUUUUUCUGAUAUUUGAUGUUUCUUGAAAAGGCUAUGUUACUAUUGAUGACUUGCAGCCUGGGAUUGAAAUCUGUUGAUGUUAUGCCUUUAUCACAAGCCUUUCAUGUGUCACCCUGAUGGUCUCUGUGAAGGGAUCAGUGAGAUGAAAGGGCCUACUUCAUUAGGUGAGGUUCAUUGAUAUCUGUGUUCUCUGGAAGAACAAGGACACUGAAUUUUAAGAUACAAUUUUUUAUAAGUUUGAAUGACAGCAUGGGGAAGGGCAGAAAGUAUGUAAAACUAAGAUGUAAAUCAUGAUGAUUAAUGCAUUCAGGGUCCUCAUCUACUCGUCUGACAGAAAGCCAAUAGAUUAUUGGAAAGGAUUGCUCUACCAGCUAACCAUGAAACAGUGGACAGGCCAGGACAUUGAGAAAUUGAGAUUUUGAUGGAAGCAGAAUGAUAGUUUGUCUAGUUUUUCUGAGACUGCUUAUGUGGAAGAAAUAAUGAAGAGGAAACGGUCACAAUCUCUUUUAAAAGAAAAUAGCUGUUGUAUAUCAAAGAUCAAUAAUGUAGUCUAAUAUUUGGAAACUGAAGAAAACAAUUGUCAGGAGAGCUGAAACAAAAGAACCAGAAUACAGUGUACAUUUGUAGGAUUCACGGUUCACAACUGAUAAAUAUGCAUUUGGGUGUAUUUUUAUGUGGAAUGUAUCAUAGUUAAUCAUGUUUUA